ACCUGUGAUCCUUAGCGAGGUAUUCUCUCGCUCUAACUCCUCCGGAUACCAAUCUAAGGCGCAGCGCCCAGGGAGUUUCCAGGAUCGUGUCACCUGUCUCCUCCCCAAUAUGUUGUCAUGGCCACGUCUAUUGGAUUAAUUUGAUAUAUGAAAAUAAUCGAAAAUUGGCCUCACAGUGUCGUGGGUUUGGCCCCAGUGUGUUCGGACAUGUGAGGGGAAACCUUUCCUAUCACCCAUAACAUAUCCGAAAGGAUGACGGACAUGGAUUUCCUUAUACAGGUAAUUUGGACGAUAUUCCUGCUCCAGCAUGUCACCGUUAUUGAUGGCUAUAGCGAUAAAAGACUUGAAGACCUGGAACAUGGUAUCAUGGCCUACUAUCAGUUGUUUGCAGAAUAUAAUCCAACUUUUAACAGCGGAGACCCGACUUUGACUGGCUUCAAACACCCAGAUUUAUUCAAGAAAGACAGAAGAGACAUUCGUUACGACUCUACUUACGUAAAUAAGACGUGUAAACCAGCAAAUUUGCAUAAAACCUCAGAAUUAAGAGACUCAUCGACUUGUCCUUGGUAUACAAAGGUGGGCUUUGACGUGAAAAGAAUCCCUGUUACCAUUCCUGUAGCUGGGUGUCUGUGUGAAUCGUGUGCUAAAGGAUGCUGUAGGGAGUUUUAUAUCAACGUGCCAGUGUUACGGUUAUAUAAGGGUAAACAUGUACCCACAUUGGAACCCGUCAGUGUCGCCUGUCUCUGUCAACACAUGACUGGGCAGUACAAACAGGCCACAUGUGGGAAGGUAAACAAACAUACUCACAGCAAAAAGAAACGAAGACGACGAAAACACAAAAAGAGAAGGAGCUAUGUCACCAUGAUGGGCACUAGAGAACUGAUAUGGUGGCGAUAUAAAAACUGUAUGUUUUAUAGGUAUUGUAAAUUCUGAAAUGUAUACCACCGUUUUAUAAGUAUUGAAACUCAUGGGCACAGCAUUAUUAAGUCGUUAUGUAAAGUCGAAAUUAGAUGUGUGGACAGUCACAUAAUCUGGUUACUCGGUUAUUGUGUUACUCACUGUGACCAUGGCGUUACAGUACAGUGGACUGUGUGUCCAUCACUGUCACCAUGGCGUUACAGUACAGUGGACUGUGUGUCCAUCACUGUCACCAUGGCGUUACAGUACAGUUGACUGUGUGUCCAUCACUGUCACCAUGGCGUUACAGUACAGUGGACUGUGUGUCCGUCACUGUGACCAUGGCGUUACAGUACAGUGGAUUGUGUGUCCAUCACUGUCACCAUGGCGUUACAGUACAGUGGACUGUGUGUCCGUCACUGUGACCAUGGCGUUACAGUACAGUGGAUUGUGUGUCCAUCACUGUGACCAUGGCGUUACAGUACAGUGGACUGUGUGUCCGUCACUGUGACCAUGGCGUUACAGUACAGUGGAUUGUGUGUCCAUCACUGUCACCAUGGCGUUACAGUACAGUGGACUGUGUGUCCAUCACUGUCACCAUGGCGUUACAGUACAGUUGACUGUGUGUCCAUCACUGUCACCAUGGCGUUACAGUACAGUGGACUGUGUGUCCAUCACUGUCACCAUGGCGUUACAGUACAGUGAAAUGUGUGUCCAUCACUGUCACCAUGGCGUUACAGUACAGUGGACUGUGUGUCCAUCACUGUCACCAUGGCGUUACAGUACAGUGGACUGUGUGUCCAUCACUGUCACCAUGGCGUUACAGUACAGUGGACUGUGUGUCAUCACUGUCACCAUGGCGUUACAGUACAGUGGACUGUGUGUCCACCACUGUCACCACUACGUUACAGUACAGUGGACUGUGUGUCCGUCACUGUCACCAUGGCGUUACAGUACAGUGGACUGUGUGUCCAUCACUGUCACCAUGGCGUUACAGUACAGUGGAUUGUGUGUCCAUCACUGUCACCAUGGCGUUACAGUACAGUUGACUGUGUGUCCAUCACUGUCACCAUGGCGUUACAGUACAGUGGACUGUGUGUCCGUCACUGUCACCAUGGCGUUACAGUACAGUGGACUGUGUGUCCGUCCGUCACUGUCACCAUGGCGUUACAGUACAGUGGACUGUGUGUCCAUCACUGUCACCAUGGCGUUACAGUACAGUUGACUGUGUGUCCAUCACUGUCACCAUGGCGUUACAGUACAGUGGACUGUAUGUCCAUCACUGUCACCAUGGCGUUACAGUUCAGUGGACUGUUUGUCCAUCACUGUCACCAUGGCGUUACAGUACAGUGGACUGCGUGUCCGUCCGUCACUGUCACCAUUGCGUUACAGAACUGUACUGUGUGGAGAUCCCAUGACAAAUACGGUGAUGAGUUGUUUGUCAUGCCCGUCCUGCUUAUAACUAUUAUACAAACCUUUAAAUACACUAAAGCAUUUUUGUACCAAAAUAUUACCAUUGAAUUAACAUGUGUUUUUAUUCCGAUAUUUGCAUAAGCCUAUUUUGAAAUGAAACGACAAUGGACCGGAUUUUAUUGAUUUUAACGACCCUAUACCGUAGCAAUUUCCAAAUCUGGAUUUAUAACCCUAAACGAUACUAUAAUCGAAGUUUAGUUGAAAUAAGACUUGAAUCUAAACUAUGUAUAUGGGUACUGUGAUCAACACAACACGACAAUGCUAGUUGGUUCGAUGUCUUACCGUGUACCUAGUUAUCGACCUGCCGUGUUGUUCAUUGUUUUACAUAUACACCAGCCUUAACGAAGGUUCCGUAGCUUUAAUAAAAUCUGAAACAGCAUUUAAUCACUUUUGUAAAUAUGUAAGUUGUUUUAUUUGUAUUAUUAUUAAAAUUGUAUAAUUUAAAAACACAGCAGAAUCAUUGUGUCUAUGUAGCCAGAAUGUGUUUGCGAUAAAUUAUGCAUUUAAUGUCGAUUACCAAAUAAUUCAUGUCUACAUAGUACACAUCGUAAGUAAAUAUAUAAAUAUUCUCACCCAAUAAACUUUU